AAAUUGAAAGUUGAUUUACAGAUUUGAAAGAAAAUUCCUUUUAUACCCUAUACACAAGUGCAAUAACUUUUUAAAAGGUAACAUCCGAAAGUGCGAAAUGUUGAUUGCACCAAGGUGUUCGGCGUAAUUUCCCAAAAGGAAAACCAGAGACCGGAGAGCGGAAGUCAUCCCAAGAUUCAGUCCGAUCUGUUCCCUUUCCGGCAGCUUCCGGCGCACAACUGCUCGCCUGAACUACAAUUUUCAGCAUUGACUGGGAUUUAAGAAUUGUAUGCUCUAGGAGAAAAUGGAAAAGGAAGCAAAGAAAGAAGCGUUCAGAAAAUAUUUGGAGUCAAGUGGAGUCCUUGAUUCUCUGACAAAAGUUCUUGUUGCACUGUAUGAACAGAAUGACAAGCCUUCUUCUGCAAUUGAAUUCGUCCAACAAAAAUUGGGCGGCCCAGUAGUGUCUGAUUAUGAAAAGCUACAAGCUGAAUUCUCAGAUUUGCAAACUCGGUACAAUGAACUUCUAACAGCACACCAGGAAAAAUGUAGAGAGUUAGAAGAACUAAAAAACUCAAGAGCUGAAGCAUUCGCCAAGGAGACCAACGACCCCAAGGCGGAGGCUCCUAACGAAGGCGUUUCAAGCGUAGAAACAUCUGGUAAAGAGUUGUCGAUUGCAUAGUGAACUCUUGAAUUCUUCCUGGAGAAUGGUUUCUGUAUUCACACUGUAAUGAGAGGCCUUGUAAUGUGAUACAUACAUCUCUGCAACUAGUGUAAUCAUUAAUUCUUAGAGACCUAUAUGCUAUAUGCUGCUUUCCUGGUGAUUGGCUUGUGUAUCUUUUGAAUGUAUUUGCCAAAUAAAUACAGACAAAUUAUACAAAUCUGAAUUCCAUUUAAUAAGUGUUGUAAGCCAUUGAAUUCAAUGCGGAAAUGAUUAUUAUUAU